CAGGGCUUGGUUCUGUCAGGCUUCAUCCUCAUAAAAAGCCAAGGCUGCCAUUGGAGAGCCCCCGUUGGCAAGAGCGAGCAGGACGCAGACGCAGGAGAUAUCGCAGGAAGGCGCCGACGAAACGCACCGUCCAUCACUUCAGCUGAUGUAACCAGACAGCGUAUGUUGGAGUCAGUUAUUUUGCAAUAGCAACUUCGUUAUAAUAAGAGACAAAAGAAGGCGAGAAAAUGGGACAUACCGCAUUACCUAUAUUGCUGGCUGUGAUGUCCUACUGCGUGUGGGAAAACGUCGAGGCUCUGGCCAUGGCCGAGGUGAACGGGCCAGGCCCCCAGGUGGUAGAGCCACAGAUUGCCAUGUUCUGCGGCCGUCAGCUCAUGCACAUGAACCUACAGACCGGGCAGUGGGAGCCGGAUCCUCAGGGCCGACAGGGGUGCUUCAAAGAGCCCAGCGAAAUCCUGUCCUACUGUCAGGAGAUGUACCCAGCGCUUACGAUCUCCCAUAUAGAGGAGUCGAAAAGACCUGCCCCCAUCCACGCCUGGUGUAAGAAAGGUUGGGGCCACUGCCAGACACAUUCCUUCAUAGUCCUGCCCUACCGCUGUCUAGAAGGCGAGUACGUAAGCGAGGCCCUGCUGGUGCCUGACCGAUGCCGAUUCCUUCACCAGGAGCAGAUGGACGCCUGCGAGAGUUAUGUCUACUGGCGCAACAUUGCCAAGGAGGAGUGCACUGCAGACAAUCUGGAGCUCCACAGCUACGGGAUGCUGCUGCCCUGUGGAGACCAUUUCCGCGGGGUGGAGUACGUGUGCUGCCCAGGCCGAGGGAGUUCCAGUGGUAAAGGGGAGGCAGAGGAGAGAGACAUCUCUGCUGGCCCUCAGACAUUCACAUCCCAGACCAGUGGAAAACCUAAUUCUGUUACCAAAGUAACAGCCCCCACACCAAGCCCCUCACCCGACACAGAUUUGGAUGAGGCCGGCAUGGUGGACGAGGAUGAUGAAGUGGUGGAAGAAGAGGAGGAGGAAGAGGAGGAGGAGGAAGUGGAUGAAGAGGAAGCAGAAGAGGAAGAGGAAGAGGAGGCAAUAGCUGUGAAAGAUCCAGAGGAGUAUGAAUACCCUAUUGACUCAGGUCCCUACCAGACAUCAGACUAUCUGGACUCUUUCUACGAGAAAAGCCACAAACCCACCACAUCAUCACCUCUGAAGGGAGACAUGACUACGCCUCGGCCCACAGAUGGUGUCGAUGUUUAUUUUGAGAAGCCGGUGGAUGACACUGAGCAUGCCAACUUCCUGCGUGCCAAAACAGACCUGGAGGAACGCAGAAUGAAGCGCAUCAAUGAGAUCAUGAAGGAAUGGGCAGAGGCUGACAACCAGUCAAAGAAUCUACCAAAGACAGAGCGACAGGCCCUGAAUGAGCACUUCCAGUCUGUGCUGCAGACACUGGAGGAGCAGGUCGCUGGAGAGAGGCAGAGGCUGGUGGAGACUCACCUCGCCAGAGUUGAGGCCAUUCUCAACAACAACCGCCGCCUGGCUUUGGAGAACUACUUAACCGCUGUACAGUCUGACCCCCCUCAGCCAGAGCGCGUGCUGCAGGCUCUGAAGCGAUACAUGGCCGCGGAGCAGAAGGACCGCAGACACACACUCAGGCACUACCAGCAUAUUGUGGCUGUUGACCCCCAGAAGGCUGAGCAGAUGAAAUUCCAGGUGUACACACAUCUCCAUGUGAUUGAGGAGAGGAUGAACCAGAGUCUUGCACUGCUGUACAAGGAUCCUACUCUGGCUGAGGAGCUGCACAAUGAUAUCCAGGAGCUGGUCAAGGCAGAACGAGGAGACAUCAGUGAGCUCAUGACCACCUCCUUCUCUGAGACCCGCACUACCGAGGAGCUCCUGCCGGCCGAGAGUGAGGAAGAAAAGGACGAUGAGGAGGAAGAGGAGAGAGCCUUCCAGAACAGGCCUUAUCCUCCCCGCAUUGAACCACAGUCUAAUAAGAAAGUGUCUGCAGUUGAUGAAUAUGAUUAUACCACAUCUGAGAGACCCCCGACUUAUGAAUAUGAAGAAAAGAUCAACACCUCUGCAGAGCUCAAGCAGGUAGUCAACAAGCCUCCUGAGAUUGCGAGAGAUGAACUGCAACCUGAUGCCUUGGAGACGUUUAACCGUGGCGCCAUGGUGGGGUUGCUGGUGGUGGCUGUGGCGAUUGCCAUGGUGAUGGUAAUCAGCUUGCUGCUGGUGCGCAGGAAGCCAUAUGGCACUAUCAGUCAUGGCAUUGUAGAGCAGGUCGACCCCAUGCUGACGCCAGAAGAACGACAGCUCAACAAAAUGCAAAACCACGGCUACGAAAACCCUACCUACAAAUUCUUUGAACAGAUGAACUGAGGUACUGGGGCUGCCAACAAGUCAUGCCUGACCACUUGUUUUGUCCCCCUUCCCCCUCCCCCCUCCCCCACCCCACUCUUCCUUACAGUGGUGUCCCGGCUACACUCCCUCCCUGACGGAUUUAUGAUGUGUUGCAAACAUAAAGUAACUGAAUAAGUACGGGGUACAUCCCAAACCCAUUGUAAAUGACCAACAGCAACCUGUCAUCAUUACCAGAAUGUGAAUAAUGAGAUAUGAUACAAACUCACAUCACCUAUUGUAAUCUAUUACUCCUCUGGGUUAGAGUCUGAGGAUUGUUCGUUCCAUUAGCAGUGCCACAGCAUUUUCAUAAUCCUGAAAACAUUCACAUCAUAGACAGGAAAACCAUCCCAGUGGCAUGACUUGAUCUAUUGCUCCUCACUAGAAACUGAAGUUGAACGGUGCAUAAUGCUUUAUAGUAUUUAUUUUUCAGUAGUAGUCUAUUUGUUCAAAUUGUACCACAGUUAGAUAUAAUGUAUCUGUGUAGAUGAGUGUGAGUGACCACCUAGUUAAAUAAUGGUGUAAUUCUCAUUUUAAAAACCCACUCAGAGAUAAAAGGACAAUUACAAAGCUAAUUGUCAAACUUUACCUCCAUGAGCUACUGUAACAUUGGACAAUACCUCUAAUAUUAAGACAUGAGCAUUAAGUGAGGAUGUGGAGGUGUUUACCUUGGAAUGUGAGGGACAUUUAGGCUUUAAUUUAAAAUAGAAAAGGCCAAAAAAAGACCACACUAGUCAAUACAGAGCUGUGUGCUGGUGGUACAAAAAAAAACAUAAUGUUUUUGAAUUAUGAGGAUCUGCCCUCAAUAUUAUUAUUAUUGAUUAUUUGGCAAAAUAAACCAAAUAUUCCAUUUAGCUAAUUUAGUCAGUGAAUGAGUUUAUUUUAUUUGUACUGCUACCUAAAGAACUGUAAAACAGAAUAAUCAGAAGUCCGUUAUUUUAAUGAAAGCAUGACAACUUGGUGUAUGAUGCUGCUGUAUUUAUUUGUGUUGUUCCUGUCAUUGCUUUUGAAAAGUCGGAAAUGUCACCGUUCAAAAUGGACACUGUAAAUAACGUAAGAAAUACAUACGACUAGUUGUAGACAUUUCUAUGAUUAAUUUGCAUUGAUGUAAUGGAAUAAUGCAUAAAAAUAGUACAUUGUGCUGUUACAAGAAGGAGAAACAUUUUCCUAACAUGGCUGAUUGAAAACGGACUGUUGUAAAAACCAGCACAAGACAACGACACAGUAACUUCUUUCUGAAUGUAUUUAAGGUAGACGUUGAGAUUCCAUCUUUUUUUCAGUAACGCAUCCACCCCCCCCAGUAGACCUUAAUAGGAUUGGUGAAGUUCAAUGCAACCAACAGACAGACUACAUGCCUGAUUCCCUUCUCAUCACUUCCUGUAGCAGCCUGUUCAUUUUCAUUUAGGUGUGUAUCAGAGCAGAGGAACUUAAAGUCUCGGCAUAUUUUACAAGAAAUGGAGUAUAAAGAGGCCACAGCUAUAGUAAUGUGAAGUGUCGAUGUGUGUAGUUAAGUCCUAAAAACAAACCACACUCAGGCAUGAUAGUUGUAAACAUACUGUAUGUCUGUAAAUCUGCCAGUUUGACAUCUUUGGACUCCACAACAUUGAAUGUUAGUACUCUAUAGAUGCUAUAUUUAAGUUGUUCUCUUCAUAAACAGCAUUUCACUAAAUGACUCAUUGUAGUUUGUCAUAUUUAUGAUCAACAUAGUACCCUGUAUAGGUAAGUAAAAAAGGGACUGCCCCUUUUUUGUGGCUCAUUGUUAACUGCUUGGUGUGUCAGUUUGAUUUCCUUUAGCCACUUAAUUCUGUCAGACCCUCUUGGUUAAGAAAGGUCACGUAGUGGGAUGUUGUUUUUUGUUCACCAGUCUUUAACUUUAUGCUGUAGUAGAGAUAAUCCAUACCAAAAUCAGUUCAUAUUUUAUUUAUUUAUUAACUGGUGGAAGUUUGCUUUAAAAACCUGCAUUUGUCCAUUCAGAGAAAAAGUCGUUUACUUGUGUUUUUUUCUUUCUUUUUGUAAAGUUUGCUUUGAAAUGAGCAAAAGAGUCUGAGUAUUGGAGUUUUGAUUUAGCAUUAAUGUUCUGUUUCUCUCGUUAGGCAGGUUAAUUGCAAGUUGUGGUUGUGUUAUGACAGGUGAAGAGAAGUCAUAGCCCUUGUAUAAUUUGUACAGCUACGUUAGUGAAUGAAAACGUUGUAUGUUCACAGUUUAAGUCAGUUGAUCUUGUAAUGAUACUACUGAAACCAUAGAUGAGAAUAAGCUUGCCUGUGUUUCCCAAACCACUGAAGGUUUCCUACCAGCAUUUAGCAGACUUAGAAUGGUGUAUACUGUAGUUACUCAAAUCACAUUUGUACGUACGUCCUCUGUCGAAUUCUAGACUUCUUUGUUGGUCUGUCCCCUUACUUCCCAACAAAAUAUAAACAAUGUUAUUGAGAUUUUAAUUGCUGCAUUAUUGCCUUUUACAAUGCUGUGUUUUGGAUGUAAUUAUUCUGUAUUUUUUAUUUAUAUGUAAUAAUCAGUUGGAUCAAGGGUCAUGCUUUUCACCUGUAAUGUAAUUUUAGAAAACACUGACAAGUUUAUAAUGUUUGGAAAUGUGAAAUAUAGACAGACACAUGGCCUCUGCCUAAUUGAUAAGGAGUGGCACUAAGCACAAGUUGAACCAAAUUACUCCAUUUGUGUACAGGUUGCUAAAUGUUAGACAUUGAUUCUGUCUGUCUGAUUUCAAUUAUACUGCAUUGAUUCUAGGGAUGUUAAUAGCAUCAUUGAGAGAGCUGUUCUUCAUUUUCAUUCAGACCUUUAACCAAAGACAUGCUCCACAAAUAAGCAGACAGAUAUUCUAAUUUGGCAAAUGUUCUCUGUUGUAUAACUGUAUUUGCAAGCAAUCUGAGAAAUUAAAACUGGUCAAGCUAAUUAAUAGUGUAAUAAAAAAAAAAAAUGAAUGACCCAUAAAA